UUGCUUCGAACCCACUUGAUCGCUGCGUCGUCUCCCGGGCCGGCCCUCAGCGAGCUCUCCCGUACGUGCGCAGUUCUCGGCACGCUACCCCUUAUAUACCCCCCGGCCGCUCUCGCUCUAGAUGCACAGGCAGUGACACGCGCGCAUACCGACGGACUAGGUAGCUGCUCAUCAGCUAUCCAGAUCGUUGCUCCUCCCCUCGCCAUCGGCCGCGCCCGUGUCGGGCGGCGGGAAUGGGACGCCACGCGGGCUCCGGCGGCGGCGUGCAGCAGAAGCUGCGCAAGGGCCUCUGGUCGCCCGAGGAAGACGAGAAGCUCUACAACCACAUCAUCCACUACGGCGUCGGGUGCUGGAGCUCCGUGCCCAAGCUCUCAGGGCUGCAGAGGUGCGGCAAGAGCUGCCGCCUUCGGUGGAUCAACUACCUGCGCCCCGACCUGAAGCGGGGCAGCUUCUCGCAGCAGGAGGAGGACGCCAUCGUCGGCCUCCAUGAGAUCCUGGGCAACAGAUGGUCGCAGAUCGCGUCGCACUUGCCGGGCCGAACGGACAACGAGAUCAAGAACUUCUGGAACAGCUGCCUCAAGAAGAAGCUGCGCCAGCGCGGCAUCGACCCCAGCACCCACAAGCCCAUCUCCGCCGACGCGGCGGCAUUGGAGCAGCCGGCGUCGCGAGACCGCAAGCCGUCGUUGGCCACAGCCGCCGCUGGUGGCGGCCUCGAUGUGAAGCAGCAUCAGCAGCAGCAGCAGGUGUUCGACCCGUUCCCGCUGACCGACAGCUUCGGCGGCGGCUUCGACGACGCGGCCGGCGCCGCAUUGUACGGCCACAUGGGCGGCGGCGGCAAGCAGCAGGACGCGGCCGCGUUCGUGGACUACAGCAGCGUGCUGGACGUGUCGGAGAACCUGGGCUACGGCGAGAGCUCCAGCAACAGCAGCAACAACUGGAACUGCGCGCCGGAGGUGAACAACAACAACAAUGCGCUGGACGGCGGCGACGCGCCGCUGCACUGGGCCUCCGAGAGCAAGGCCGCGCCCUUCGCCGGCUACGGCGCCGAGGAGCAGUCGCUGCUGGAGCACAAGCUCCUUCCGCAUUUCGACUUCGACAUCGGCCGGGCCGCCGUGGUCGGCGACUUCAGCCUCGACUUCUUCUGAAGGGUUCUUCAGCCCUGCGGGUAUAAUCAUCGAUCGCCGUGCCCGUGUAUGUACUGUAUCAAAGCCAAUUCAUACGGAACAGUCGGGAGCUUAGAGACCGCGCUUUGUUAAUUCUCCUCUAGUCGUCCUUACUCAGCAGCUCUCCUCCUUUAACAAUGUUUUGGGCUUCUUCGUUU